UCUGUUGGCCUUUAAUAUAGUGAUGUUGUGAACGACCUUCGAAGAGGUCACACACCAGCUGCCGAGUACUAUCAGUCCACAUCGAUCAUGUUUGUGGAAGUUGCUGGGUUUGGUGCACUCAUGAGCCAGAUCGAUCCCGAAGAAGCGAUGACAUUUCUUAACGAAGUUUUCUACAAAUUUGAUGGACUUCUUAACAACGUCGAUGUGUACAAGGUUGAAACCAUCAAAGAAUCGUAUCUGGUUGCCAGUGGUGUGCCAAGACGGAAUCAAAAUCGUCAUGUUUAUGAAGUAUGUGGCCUAGCUGUUUCUAUGAUGACGGCUUAUUUGAAGACCUUUGCGAUGCGUUAUAACGGAUCAACAACACUGCGGGCUGGAAUACACAGUGGAGCUGCUGCAGCCGGCGUUGUCGGCCUUAAAGCACCUCGCUACUGCUUGUUUGGUGACACUAUUAACACAGCCAGCAGAAUGAUGAGCACAGGCGAGGAUGGUAAAAUCCACAUCAGUCACAACGUAGCUGACCAGCUGAAGAAUCAUUCUAAAUUUUUGAUCGAGCCGCGUGGGUUCAUCGAAGUCAAGGGCAAAGGAAUACUGCAGACCUACUGGCUGAUUUUCCUUCCAAAAACCAGUGCUAAAUAA